AUGUCUUUGAAAAAGCAGAUACCAAUAGCCUUCGAGAAUGCACACUAUUUCAUAGUUAAUAAACCACCUGGUAUCCUAUCUCAACCACCGGACUCGAGAACUUGGAGGAGAACACACCCUGACCUUGACUCCACCCCCCUGUUAGAAAGAUUCAAAACACUCUAUUCUUCAGACAAGGACGUCGAAGCAUGUCGAACAGUGCAUAGGUUGGACCAUUGUGUUACUGGCGGCACGCUGAUCGCCAAGACUAAAAAUGCCAGCAUGAUGUUUUCUCGAUUUUUACAGAAAGGCGGUAAUAAAGGUUAUAAACUGCGAAGAAAAUACGUUGCUAUUGUUGAGCACUCGAGUCACUCGAAAGAACCGGUCAGCAAUGAAGUCGGGUAUGGGUUAAAAUAUAAUUCUUUAAUUUCGCAUGAAGGUAAACAAAUUACGAAGUUUAAGAAAGUCGAUGAUCGGUGUAUUGUUCUGCAAUUGGUAACAGGUAAAAAGCACCAGAUCCGGUACCAUGUUUCGCAAAUCCUAAAUCAACCCAUCGUAAAUGACCAGAAAUACGGUAGCCCUAUCAAGUUACCAAGAGCAUUCCACAACCAGAUUGCGUUGCAUUCAGCAUGUAUAACGACAAAAAUCGGCCUGCAAACAGAGGUGCACUUGAUUCCGAUGGAGUUCAACAAUAAUGGUGAGCUUUGGCCGAGGAAAUACGUCGAUGAAGAGGGAAAAUUCAACUCAUCGAUCAAAAAGGUACUCCUAGAAAACUGGGAUUGA